AUGAGUCCUACCACAGUCUUGGUCACCGGUGCCGGUCGUGGCAUUGGCUCUGGCUUCAUCGCCACUCUCUUGCUUAGACCAUCGUCAACUGUGAUAGCCGCAGUCCGAGACCCUUCAAAGGCAUCGGCUAGAGCUCUUCAAGACCUUCCCAAGGGUGAAGGCUCCAAGCUCAUCAUCGUCAAGAUCGACUCUUCCAUCAAAACCGACCCCGCGGAAGCUGUCUCUAUUCUGCAGCGAGAUCACGAUAUCAACGCCCUGGACGUUGUUAUCGCGAAUGCCGGUAUUGCUCACUCGAGUGGCCCCGUCAUAAAGACCUCCACCGCUGCAAUCAAGGAUCACUUUGCUGUCAACACGAUCGGACCUCUCCUGUUGUUCCAGGCAAUCGCACCGCUACUCAAAGCCAGCAAUAGUGGUCGUCCGGUCUUCAUUGCCGUUACCUCGAUGCUUGGAACCAUCUCCGGCAUGGAGUCCCUCGAAAAUCUGCCACCGGCUUUAAGCCCUUACGGGUCCAGUAAAGCUGCGCUGAACUGGUUCAUUCGGAGAUUGCAUUUUGAAGAGACGUGGCUCACGAGCUUCGUCGUUCACCCCGGCACUGUGGCUACCGACAUGGUGCACUCCGUGAUUGAGGGGACAGAUUUGAAGCUUGAAGACCUUGGAGCGAUCACAGUAGAGAGCGUUUUCAAGAUUAUGGGCAGGAUUGAUACUGCGUCAAGAGAUAUCAGCGGGACAUUCCAGAAUUAUGACGGAACUCAUUUGCCCUGGUAA